AUGGCGGCUCAACAGAACAUCAGCUUGGGCUCCUCCUUGACGCCCCAAGGGCCUAGCAGCUUUUGGCUCUCUCCGUCCGGCGACUUCGCAUUCGGCUUCCGGUCCUUGUCCAUCAAGGGCAACGCCUCCUCCUACCUGCUUGCCGUCUGGUUCAGCAAGAUCAGCGACAAGACAGUGAGGUAUGGAAAAGAGACGCUCCGUAGCCGGAUCAUUGCCCCAGACUACUCAAAUGGCCGGUUCCUCCUUGACCUGCAAGAUACCGGCAACCAGAGGAUUUUCCAGGAGGUGCUUGGCACUGGUGCCUCUGGUAUUGUGUACAAGGGCCAGCUAGAAGACGAGCUUGGGACCUGCAUUGCUGUCAAGAAAAUUGACAAGCUCGAGCAGGAAUCGGAAAAGGAGUUCAGUGUUGAAGUGCAAGCUAUUGGACAGACGCACCACAAGAACUUGGUCAAAUUGCUAGGAUUCUGCAGUGAAGGAAAAGAAAGACUUUUGGUGUAUGAGUUCAUGAGCAAUGGAUCAUUAAAUAGAUUUGUGUUUGGUGAUGUCAAUCUUCAGUGGAACCUUCGAGUUCAGCUUGCUCGUGGGGUGGCAAGAGGGCUUCUAUACUUACAUGAGGAAUGCAGCACACAGAUCAUCCAUUGUGACAUCAAGCCCCAGAACAUCCUUCUGGAUGACAAAUUCACAGCAAAGAUCUCAGAUUUUGGCUUAGCCAAACUGCUGGGAACUAACCAGACACAAACAAAUACUGGUAUACGGGGCACCCGGGGAUAUGUUGCACCUGAGUGGUUCAAGAGCAUUGGUAUCACUGCCAAGGUUGAUGUCUACAGCUAUGGGGUCAUCCUGUUGGAGCAAUCAGUCGUCGGCAUAAUUUGAGUUGGA